AUGGUUAGACCAGGACUCGGGAAGCCUUGCAGAAGGCUGCCAACCGCCAGCAUCACUACAUGGACCGGCUUCAAAGACCAGAAUCCCUGGGCAGGAGGCGAUACUCGCCCCACCCUGACAGUCCUGUCCCCCUCCGUUAAGGAACUGGAGCAGGGAAAGGCCACAUUAACAUGUCUGGCCAACAAGGGAUUCCCCUCAGACUGGAGUCUGUCCUGGAAGGUGGAUGGAAGAAGCAGCAGUGACGGGGGGAGAGCAGGAGUCCUGGUGUGCUGCAGAAUGACGGCCUAUGACACCCGCCCCACCCUGACAGUGCUGCCCACCUCCAUUAAGGAGCUGGAGCAGGGGAGGGCCACGCUCACAUGUCUGGCCAACAAGGGCUUCCCCGCCGACUGGAGUCUGUCCUGGAAGGUGGAUGUAAGAAGCAGCAGUGACGGGGAGGAGAGCAGGAGCCCUGAUAUGCUGCAGAGUGACGGCCUGUAUAGUUGGAGCAGCACCCUGAAGCUCUCUACAUACCAGUGGAUGAAGAUGGGCUCUGUAACCUGUGAGGCCACCCGGGCUCCCAGACUCUGGUCUCAAAGAUACUGA